CCGUCUUUGAGCAACACACAACGGCUACCAGUUUACGGAUGUCACUUCCGUUUUACACGCCAGAAGCGCUACAUUUGAACUACAGAGACUUAAACAUGCCCUCGGGAACAUAUUUCAAUUUUUAUGUUGAUAUUGGAGGAAAAGAGCAGAAAGAAUACAGAAUCAACGACAAAGAUGUCAUAGCCGUUUCCUUGCAUGGGAAACACAGUUUCUUCGUCGAGGAAUCGGAACAUGAAGUCGAAGGCGAUUGUGGACAGUUUCAAAAGUACCCUGUGCUGCCAUUCAAGAUUGUGAUACGGAAGACCUACACCUACCCAUGUUGGUUCCAAAUCUUUGUAGAUGGCGAGCAUGUGAGGUCGUUUCCUAUUACCACACAUGGACUAGCUAGCAGAACAGUGGAUGGAUACAAGGUGAAGAAUGAGAUUCGUGAACUUGCAUUUUCACUGCCACGAAUGUCUCUCGCUCAGACACUAACAAAGCAGCGACAGAUCCAUGCAGGGACGGUCCGUAUUGUCUGCAUGGAGGCCACGCCCAGCCACACCGAGACCUUCAGGCAGCCCAGAACAGUCCAGAAGAAUGAGCUGCCAGGUAUCACAAUGUACCCACAGCUCACCAAGAAGGACAUGAGCUCCGUACAAGGUGGUAUGGGCGUUGUUUGCCGCGAGGGACGCACCAUGGUGGAACUGCAGUACGAUGACAAGUGCACCUAUCGUACACGGACCCGUUUGUGUAAAGGGCCAGUCUUGGAGGAAGUGGUGUUGCAUUAUGGGACUCAAGAAGUGCUGCAGGAUAUGGGUCUGUCUGUUGACAUGGACAUUGCACAAGAAGUAACGACAAGACUGACAAACAUCGACAUAAACAACAGUACUGAACAACACGAACAGCAGCCAGUGGUUGCAGACAAGGGGGAGAAGCCCCAAUCAAACGUCAGUCCACCCAAAUCAGUUGCUGACAAACCCGAACCAAAUGUCGAUGAACCCGACUCAAUUGUUGACAAACCCGAACCAAGAUGUCCGCUUCCAGAAGACCAAACGAAAGACCUGAAACAAGAACAGAUCAGUCAGUUAACCAAUGACAUUGAAAUGAGUACACCAAGUAAAAACGUUUCACGUCUUGUCAAGCAAGAUCAAUCCAUGUCCCCAAUUGCCAUUAAGCAUGAGAGGUUGAAACAAGAGGUCGCGAACAAAGACCUUGUGGAGGUCAAAUGUAAAGUGGAGAUCGAUGAAGAAGAUGAUGAUGUUGUCUAUGUUGAGACGACCUUCAUUAAGCGUGAGCCAGGUGACCUUGAUGACAGUGUCAUAUACAUGGGAGACGACUCUUGCUGUGAGCUGGAUAUCCCAGAACCAGAUAUCUCCAUAUUGGAUCUGUGUGAUGAUGACUGAAUUAGUUGUCAGUGAAACAUUAAAUUCGUUUACAAUUUGCCAAAAAAUGCAGAUAUAUAUCAUUGCCCAAAUUAUCUUGUGUUUUUGUUUUUUUCAGUACAAGGAAAUGCUCAUGGCUGAACAGAUAUUAUUUUGUAUCCUGGCCCUACCUUAUUAUGUUCAUACCUCAACAACAUCAUUGUUGGAUAUUAUAACAUACUCGUGAAGAUCCAGGUUAGAAUAGAUCUUCAGGAACCCCAUGCUUGCCGUAAAAGACGACUAUGCUUGUCGUAAGAGGCGACUAACGGGAUUGGGUGGUCAGGCUCGCUGACUUGGU